ACUUUCCCUCAUUUGUUAUUCUUGCACAUCAAGAAACCAAACUACUCGAUCUAUAUAUUUUAAAUAUCUGAUAUGUGACUUUUUUUGGUUUGAGUCUAAAUUUAUUUGUUAGCCUUUCCGCAUAUAAUUUACGAACAUGUAAAUGCAAAGUGAAAUGCAGAUGAAAAUUAAUUUGUGUAAAUUUUGUUUCUUAAUUUUCGUAUCUACAUUUUCAGUUCGUACAAAAAUACUUGACAAAACAAUGCUUUUAAACUUUAUAAAAAGAUAUGUUCAUAUAUAAACGGAAGCACAUAUCUUUGCCUCAUUUAGAUGGUGGUGUGAAUCUUGCCACCCAUUUUGUCUUUGAAUUGAAAAAAGUACAUAUCAAGGAUCCAACACUAGUUGAUAUUAAAAAAAGCACUAAUACAAUUUAAAAAAUAAAUAAAAGAAUUAAAAAAACAAAAAUUACAAACGGACCAAAAUGUGCCACACCUACACCUUCCAUGAUCUCCUUCUCUCUUUAUCCUUUCCUUUAUAAAUGAGACCCUGUCUCAUAACAAAAUCAUUUGGCAACAAAAGUCUCAGCUUGUACAUACACAUCUUUCUUUUGCAUACCCCCCAACACUUCAAUGGAGAACUCCGUAAACAACUGCGUGAGACAAAAGGUAUUCUCUAAUCACCAAGUCAGAACGAUACACGAAGAAGAAGAUCAAAAGGAGGAGAGUAGUUGGCUAAUCUACUUUGAAGACAUUGAUCACGAAGACGAAAUGGUCGAAGAAAUGAGUCAUUACUACGAUAAUGAUUCAUCGAUGAUCUCAGACGCUGCAUCUCCUGUCCACAACACAAAGAUAUAUAACGUUGCUCGUCGAAAGGCUAAUAGUACUAAUACAAACCCUAAAAAGAGACGUAUCAUCCAUCAACACAAAAAAGAAAAACAACAAGAAAAAGGAGAUGAAGACGAAGAAGAAGACACAGCCUCUUCUCCUUCGAAUAAAACUAAGGGUUUUCAUGUGUUGGAUGGUGGUGAAAAUAAUGUAAAUGUUACAUCAGAGGUAAUAUACAAGAAACAUUGUGUUGCAAGAGACACAAGAUCGAACAUAAAUGAAGUAAUAAAUGAAGAAUUCUUAUCCGCAGAACUGAAGAAGAGAGGACUUUGUCUAGUUCCUUUAUCAAUGUUUUCUAAUUUUAUUGCUUGAUGAUUCUUGUUUAAAGAAAGGGUUUUUAACUGUGAUCAUUAUUUUUAUUCUUCUGAUUCUUUGAUGUAAGAUCUUUACUAUUAUUGACAAGUAAAUAUAUAGAAAAUGGAAUACAGAUUGCAAAUUUAACACUUUGGAAAUGUCUAAUCUAUGAUCAAAGUGAGACUGAGCUUAUACUUUAUACCA